AAACGAACAAGUGAAGACAAGACGCGUUCAUCCAGUUAGCAAGAAAGAAAGAAAGAUCUUGUUUUUGUUUUAUCGAGACGGCGGGGUAAUGGUUCGAACAAACUUCGCUUUUAAUAAGCUGAGCCUAAAAGGCGCAUGUUAGCCUCAUUCGCUUUUAUAAAGUAAUUAAUUCAAAAGUCGUCUCUUUAAUACUAUCUUCCCCGCUACUAUCUACCAUUUCUAAGGUCAUCACCUACACAAAUAAUUUUCCUUUCCCUCUCUUUCUCGUGAUGACCAGUUCCACAAGCAGUUCGAGAAGCCGGAAUCCUAGUUCAGGCAUAAGGUCAACACCGGACCGAUCCGCUUUCUCUCCUAGCUUUUCUUCCUACACUGCAUCAACUGCCUCUCGUUUAGGGCGGAAUCCAGUAAAGGUUGCGGCACGGUCCAUCGCUGGAGCUUUUGUCGCGUGUUUUACACCUCCCGAGACUGACGACAGCAAUAAUUUAAAAGUGUCCAAUGAGUUUGGAGCUCCUUCUGCUGAUUCGGAAACGUCAAGAAUGAGGGGUCCGAAUCGAGGGAUUUAUUCCAAUUCAACAAAGGAGAGAGCGCCUGGGAGCAUGAAAUUCACGAUUGAGGAAAUUUUUAAGGCCACAAGGAACUUCUCCCCUGCUUUCAAGAUCGGGCAGGGUGGAUUCGGAACAGUUUAUAAGGGAAAACUUGAUGAUGGAACUUUGGUCGCUAUCAAACGAGCUAAAAAGAGUGUAUAUGAUAAGCAUUUGGGUGUGGAAUUCCAAAGUGAAGUAACAAUACUGGCACAAGUGGAACAUUUGAAUUUGGUUAGGUUUUAUGGGUACUUAGAGCAUGGAGAUGAAAGAGUUGUGGUUGUCGAGUAUGUCCCCAAUGGAACUCUAAGGGAACACUUGGAUGGUGUUAAUGGAAAAGAACUUGACUUUGCUUCGAGGCUUGAUAUAGCCAUUGAUGUGGCCCAUGCAAUCACCUAUCUUCAUAUGUAUACAGAUCACCCAAUUAUCCACAGAGAUAUAAAGUCUUCCAACAUUCUCCUUACCGAAAAGCUCCGAGCCAAGGUCACUGACUUUGGCUUCGCUAGGCUGGCCGCAGAUACGGACUCUGGUGCAACCCAUGUGUCAACCCAGGUAAAAGGCACUGCCGGCUACCUGGACCCAGAAUACCUAAGAACCUAUCAACUUACAGAAAAGAGUGAUGUUUAUUCAUUUGGAGUAUUGUUAGUUGAACUAGUCACAGGCAGGCGCCCCAUUGAACCAAAACGGGAAAUCAAAGAGCGGAUAACACCAAAAUGGGCAAUGAAGAAGUUUACAGACGGUGAUGCCAUAUCAACUUUGGACCCUAGGCUAGAACUGACUGCUGGGAUUAAUUUAGCCCUCGAAAAGAUUCUUGAACUAGCCUUGCAAUGCCUGGCUCCCCGUAGACAGAGUCGGCCUAGUAUGAGGAGGUGUGGGGAGGUUUUAUGGAGCAUCCGUAAGGAUUUUAGAGAACAAUCAGCUUUAGACUUUCGCUCUCUUUCAUCAAACUCUCAAAGAAGUGCUUCAGUUAAAGAGCAAUAAACAAAAGGUAUGAUUUACUUGCAUAACCUAGUACGAAUCGUCCUUUGUGCUGUUUGUCCCGGUAUUUUUAAAGCUAAAUCUUCUAAGGUAACUGCAACAUUAUUGCAUCUUGAGGUUUGGCUUUGUGUAAAAGUGUGUAUAUACACUAUAAUGCGUACGCUUAAAUUUUUUUAAUUCUUUUUUAUAUAUUGGGAAAAUUUAUAUA